CAAGAACGCACCCAUUUCUUAUCCCCCGAGAAAAUGCAUUUCUUCGGUAUCCUCAAAUGUCUGGUUUGCCUAUUGCUUCUGAUCCUCUGCAAUGUUUCAUAUGCAGAAGACUCAAAUCCGUUACCACAAUUACCCGAUUCGGUUCCGUUCCUGAAUUCAAUCCAUUCAGGCCGAGCACCCCAGAGCAAAUCCGAAGACGGGAAUCUGAAACUCGGUGCCCCGGUCGUGGCAUCCGGAAUCCUCUGUUUCAUCGCGGCCACAAUCUCAAGUGCUGGCGGAAUCGGCGGCGGAGGUUUAUACAUUCCGAUUCUGACCAUCGUUGCCGGCUUAGACCUAAAAACAUCGACGAGUUUCUCGGCGUUUAUGGUAACAGGAGGAAUAAUUUCAAAUGUUGUUUGUAACACAUUCAUUCCGAGUGGGGGAAAGGUUCUGAUAGAUCUGGACAUAGCUUUACUAUCAGAGCCGUCGAUGCUGUUGGGAGUGAGUAUUGGAGUGAUCUGCAAUGUUGUCUUCCCAGAUUGGCUCAUCACUGUUUCCUUUGCUGUUUUUCUAGUCUGGUCCACUGUAAACACCUUCAAGUCAGGAUUUGUUUACUGGAAAAUUGAGUCAGAGACCAGAAAUGGCUGCCCAGAAAUGGAGACUGCGUUGGUGGAUAAGGAGAGUUCGUGUGGGGAAGAUGAUCAAUUGAGGGGGAAGGGGACCCACAUAAUGAAGCUUGGUAUGUUGCUUAUGAUCUGGAUAUGCUUCUUCCUCCUACAUCUUUUUCGCGGGAACCGAUAUGGACAUGUAUGUAUGUAUACAUAUUCUGCAUGCUAACCGCUAAGGAUCCGUUUGGGAAUUAUUAACAUAGAAGCUUGUGGUGUGGUGUAUUGGAUCAUUUCAUCAAUUCAAAUACCUCUUGCUGUGAGCUUAACAACAUGGAUCUUGUUUAGCAACCAAAGAUGGCAGAGUUCGUCGUCCAAAGACCAGGACGAAGAAGGUGGUGCAACGAGAGGAGAGCCAAACAAGCUCCUUUUCCCAGUGAUGGCCCUAUUGGCAGGGGUUUUGGGCGGAGCGUUUGGCAUUGGUGGUGGAAUGCUCAUUAGUCCCCUUCUCAUCCAACGUGGAAUCCCACCUCAAAUCACAGCUGCGACCUGCUCAUUCAUGGUCUUGUUCUCCUCCACCAUGUCAGUGGCACAGUAUCUACUACUGGGAAUGGAGCAUAUAGAAAGCGCCAUGAUUUUUGCAAGCAUUUGUUUGGUGGCCUCACUUAUAGGAUUGGUGGUGGUACAGAGAGCCAUAGAGAAGCACGGGAGAGCUUCUAUCAUCGUCUUCUCCGUGGGAACGGUUAUGGCUUUGAGCACUGUUUUGAUAACAAGUCUUGGAGCUGUUGGUGUCUGGAAAGAUUACACACGAGGGCAAUCUAUGGGGUUCAAGCUUCCAUGUUGAAUUGAGUAUUACAGAAGAAGAAUAAAUCCAAUGUAGAACUUUCAGCCUAUAAUCAAAUGUUUUCUCAUGUUUGAAGCUAAUCAAUCUGAUCUGAAAAGUACUCGAUCUCUUAGUAUAUCGAAGAACGUAUGAGCGAAUAACAUACUAACAUCAACAAUUUAAUAAUUCUUUCUAGAUGAGGCUAGGUUACUUAACAACAACCCAAUCCCUACAAGUAUGAUACAAUAUUGAUUUGCUUUUAAUCACUUUAAGUGAACCUGUAUUACUAAAGAACCAUAGACAUGAGUAUGAGACAUAGAUACUGCAUUACUUAGAUAUGUC